GUGGGAGUCACUAGCCGACCGAUCAGCUGUUCGCAUUACACAAGCAGCCGCUUUUUAAUUGGAUUUCUUUUGUUUUACCCAGGCGUAUUUAAAUUAAAAGUGCAAAAUGCCGUUCAUGAAGGGCCGUGAGCCCAUCCGCCGCACCCUGAAGUACCUGAAUGCCGGCAAGCUGGUGCUGAAGGACAAGGUGCGCAUCUUCAGCGUAAACUACAACACAUAUGGUAGUCAUCACGCGGGCGCUCGGGACUUUGUGUUCUGGAACAUACCGCAGAUCCAGUUCAAGAAUCCCGAGGUGCAGGUGCUCACACUGAAAAAUAUGACGCCCUCGCCGUUUGUGCGCUGCUACUUCGACGAUGGACGCGAUAUGCUUAUAGAUGUGGACAGCCGGAAUCGGGACGACAUCAUCGAGCACCUGAUCAAGGUGGUGGGCAAGACCCGAGAGCAACUGGACGCUGAGGAGCGCCUGAAGGAGAGUAAGGACAAUCCGGCCAACUUUGGCUACGGAUGCGGCAGGCACUGCAUCUGCGAGAUCCCCGGCCAGGUGCCCUGUCCCGGAACCGUUCCGCUGCCCGAUCACAUGCGCGGCAAGAUCUUGUUCGCACCCAAAUAGACGUUCGUUCUGAUUGUACCUUUUUUUUUAAUAAAUUAAUUGUAAAUUACACCUGCAA